CGUCUAUUGUUGAUUUGCUUACUCGCGGAAGAAGAAAAAAGAUUACAUUAACAAAAAUUGGCAGCUUAUGUCUAGUGUCAAUCGUGUAUUUUUUCGUUUUCCCCUACUCCAAAAAAUUUAUUUAAGACAGCAGUUUAGUUAUAAAGAAAAAAAUUAUUUACAAAUUCACAGAUUUCUAGCAGGAAAUACAAAAAUGCCGAAAACUGCAUUAAUUGUUUUGGCUGAAGGUGCAGAAGAAAUGGAAUUUGUAAUAUCAGCAGAUGUCUUACGUAGAGCUGGGAUCAAGGUCACGGUUGCCGGUUUAUCUGAUAAGCCGGUAAAAUGUUCAAGAGAUGUAGUCAUCAAUCCGGAUACGUCUUUGGAAAAAGUAAAAGACGAAGAAUUUAACGUGGUCGUGUUGCCGGGUGGCAUAUGUGGCUGUGAAGAGAUGUCUAAAUCAGAUAUUUUGGGUGAACUUCUUAAAAAACAAGAAAAAGAAGAACGCUUCGUCGCUGCAAUAUGUGCAGCGCCUACCGUUUUGGCAGCUCAUUCUAUUGGUUUGGGUAAAACUUUGACAUCUUACCCUGGCCUUAAGCCAAAAUUGGACUCGUUGUACAAAUACGUAGACGAUGAGAAAGUGAUACAGGAUGGCAAGCUUAUAACCAGCCGCGGGCCGGGCACCGCUUUCGAUUUUGCUUUAAAAAUAUCUGAAGUUUUAGCUGGUGAAGAAAAAACCAGAGAAGUGGCUAAAGGGCUAUUAUUAAUAUAAAUGAGCGCAAAACAAGAAUAAUAAUAAAAAGAAUGAAGAAUGAAA